UUAGAUUUAUAAAAUGAAGAUUUCAAAAAACCAUUUAGAUAUACCGGUGUGGCAGACGUAUGACAAAAAUGACUCCACAAAACCUACUAAAGCAAUUGUAAGCAAUGCAGGAGACUGCAAUGUCGAUGAUCUAACUUUUAAAAUCGUCGGAAACUUUGGAAAGUGGCAGCUUUGGUUGAGUAUUUAUAUGGCCAUGUUAAAAAUGCCACUCGCUUGGUACCAGCUAAAUAUUAUAUUUAUGGCCCCGCCUCAGGACUACUGGUGUGCGAAACCAGAGUCAUUCAACAUGUACACAGAGCAAGAGUGGCGAGAUAUUUGCGCUCCGAAAAUUGAAGAAUAUCCGUGCCUGAUCUUUGAUCCAGAUAUACUAAUUAUCGAGCCAACAAUAAACAGAGCGUUGAUUCCAUUGGUGAUUUGUCCGGAGUUUGUGUACGACACCACUGUAUUUAGUCGGACUAUUAUAUCUGAUUGGAACCUUGUUUGCUCAAAGCAUUGGUACAUACAUCUUACACAAUGCAUUAUGAUGUGGGGUGUUCUUCUUGGUGGUAUAAUAUUUGGAAUAAUAGCCGAUAAGUAUGGAAGAAAAACUCCCCUUAUGAUCGGCAUAACGACACAAUGCAUUAUGAGCUACAUAACUAGUAUAUUACCGUCUUAUGGUCUAUUUUUGAUUUGCUGGUUCAUCUUAGCUAUUGCCUCCGGUGGUAUAGGUAUUAUAUCAUUCGUUUUAAGUAUGGAGGUUGUGGGAGGUAAAUGGCGAACAUUAAUACCUAUCGUGUACCACGUCCCCUUCGGACUGGGCAAUACAGUGAUGGCAGUCUUAGCUUACUGGCUCAGAGAUUGGAGGAAGUUAGAGUUUGCCUUGGCAUCGGUCUCAUCCUUUUAUAUGUUUUACUGGAUAUUAAUAACAGAAUCACCGAAAUGGCUUCUGGCUACGGCACAAACCGAUAAAGCUCUAGAUGUAUUACGUAUAGCUGCAAGGCAAAAUAACAGGGAAAAAUUCUUUGAAGAUUUAAAAGAUUCAUUGACGAUUUGUAAAACGCAAGUACGAAACGAUCCAGGAUUUAUGGCCUUCAUGAGAUCCGAUAGUAUGAGGUUCUGUACUGGAUUAGGUUUCUAUACCUUCUCUCAAUAUCUCGGACUUAUCGGUGGAAACAUUUUCCUAACAGUAGCAAUAAGUGGAGUAAUUUCAGUUACGGGGGGUUUAUUUUGUUUGUUCAUUGUAACUAAAGUUGGCCGGAAGACGACAGUGUGGAUAUUUCAAAUAGUAACUGCUCUCUGUUUCGUUUUUAUAUUAGUUAUACGGAAAGAUGCUUUUACCAAUGAUUGGCCAAGGCUACUGUUCGCUGGGUUGGGGUUUGCGGGCUUGUCGGGAACGGUUCCAGCUUUGUAUUUAUUUUCCGGCGAGCUUUUUCCAACUAUAGGCCGCAACUCAGGCGUGGCCGGGGUGACUACGUUUGCUCGCAUCUCCGCCAUGGUAGCUCCAGCCAUCGUGAGCUUGGACGGUGUAAUGCAUGACCUCCCACUCGUCCUACUGGCAAUAAUGUCAUUUGGCCAAUUAGCUCUCCUAGUGCCACUUCCUGAAACAAAAGGCCAACCCCUGCCAGACACUUUAGCGCAAGCGGAACAGUUUAAUAAAAGACAAUCUAAGCCAAUGAAUGCCAUGAAUGAUGAUGCAAACACAAAAUAA